AUGGUGAUGUUAAAGGUGUUGAGGAAACAAAAGAUGCGUGAACAUGAAAUACGAGUAUUGAUAUUGGGUCUAGAUUGCUCUGGCAAGACAACCAUCAUGACCAGACUGAAUGGCGAAGAUUAUAUGGCUGUAAGUUUGUUUUUCCUUAGUUUUUUUUUGGUAUUUUAGAUGACAUAUUAUCAUAAAGAGUAAUUGGUGAAGCAUAAAAAGGUAUUAAGAAGGUUUAUCUUAUCUUCAGGUAGCUCCAACCUUUGGAUUCAACAUCAUAACCUUGGAGUUCCGUGAUUGGAAGCUGAAUUGCUGGGAUAUUGGCGGUCAAAUCUCGUUAAGGUCGUACUGGAGGAACUAUUUCGAACAUACUGAUGCACUCGUAUUCGUGGUUGAUGCCACAGACAGGUUAAGGCUGAAGGAGGCGCGAGAAGAGCUGGACAAAUUGUUGAAUGAGCAGUGUUUGGUUGGGGUUACAUUGUUAAUACUGGCCAAUAAAAGGGAUAUUCGAGGAUCUUUGACGGCGGAGGAGAUUCAGAAGGUGAGUAAGAGAGGUUUUUGAGGUUAUGCGAACGAAAGGUAAUGAUGUUGAGGGGUUUUUCGAUAUUAUAGUAGGUAUGAACUCCAUUUUUGGCGGAAAAACGAAAAUUUUUGAGGAGAAAGGGUUGGCUUUUGGGUUUCAAACUUAAUGCUUAUGGUUUUAGGCUUAUGGCUGAGAGGUUUAAGCUUUUUCUUAGACUUAGCCAACGUCAUUUUAGGCUUAGCGCACACAGUUUUAGGCUUAUCUAUAGGCUUAAAGUUAAAUUCGAUUUAAAUUUUCUAGGAAAUGAAACUAGAGGAAAUUAAAUAUCAUCAUUGGAAAAUCUUUGACUCAUCCGCCUACACUGGCGAGAACCUGAUUGAAGCAUUCGAAUGGAUGUGUAAGGAUGUUGAUGACAGAAUCAAACUUCCUGACUGA